AGCAACAACAAAAACAACAACAGAACUCAGCUGCUCGGCAGAGUACUGUUAUUUACCGUUUUUAGGUUUCGCAUUUGUAAAAGUUGCCUUACAAUUACCAAUAGGUUCGGAUAUAAAGUAAAUUUGAUAAAAAAUCAAAUAAUGCGCGGUAAUUAUCUUUAAUUUUAAACUUCUUUGUCUUCUCUCUGCUAGCCCCUAGCAGGUUAGCUUUUUAACUGAGGACGAGGGGGAGCCAAUUCGACCAAAAGGUAACGACACGACGUUGUCUCGAUAAUAGUGCAAAACAAUGACACAAUCCAAACCAUAGAAUAUAUGGGUUUUUGAAUGUGCACCUUUUAUUCAACAAAAGCUGGAAGUAAAAGGGAUUAAAUAACGGAGCUGCAAAAGGACAUCGAGUCAUGUUACAAACCGACAUUUCACUUAACUAAACUACUUCAGCAGGCCAUAGAUAUUUAUGGCAAAACUAGAACACAAAACUACCUGGUGGAGAUUCUGACCUCCAGCAAUGACCACCAACAUCAUUACCUCAUCUAUCAUCAUGUCACCACGAAAAAGACCCCUGGUCCCUGUAAACAGUCGACGGAAAGCAGCGGACGACUACUUCCCUUUCAACUUCCUGCCGGUGGAGUGCCAGCUACAUGUCUUGUCCUUUCUGAAUGAGGUUGAUAAGUGUAGCUGUGCUUUGGUUUGUCUUAGCUGGAGCUGUCUUGUCCGCUCAUGGAAGCUUUGGCGGGUAGCUGACUAUUCCCGUCGUGGUGUCUUUCGUCUUGGUCAGGAGGGGUUGCUUGUUUCCAACCGUGAGUUUGAAAGGUGGAAAUCCUGGGUCCACCAUUACACCCACCACCUCAUCUCCCGCCGGGCAAGCCUGCUCACACUGAAGGCCAGCUUCGACCUGGGAGAUCGCUGCAACAAGUGGGGCGAGCUGCUGAACCACCUGCUGAAUAAUGUUCACUGCAGAGACCUUAGCCACCUAGACCUCAAUUGGACCUUUACUCUCCUUGAGCCGCUGGACCUCAGGGUCCACUCCAGCUCCAGUUCACACCAGGACAACAUUACCAAAAUGGACCAGGUCACCAGUUUCCAGGAGCUGCUGACCAAACUUACCCACAGCUGCACACGCAUCUCUAAGAUGCGACUACAUUUUGACUGGUCGGAUGUAUCCGUGUCGCUGCUGACCCAGUUCCAGCAGCUCCGAGUCCUUGAGCUCAAAUACUUCUGGGUCUUUAAAGGAGUACCACCCUCGACACUGCAGACCCUAACCAAAUCCCUGCCUAACCUGAAGUCUCUGACUUUACACAUCCUGGUGCCACUGAGGAAUCUUGGCAUCUCUUACACUCUGGAGUCUAAAUCUUUGGAGUUCCUGGACGUGUCGCCUAGCCGAGGCUUAGUCUUCUCCUGUCUAAAGCUGCCUGCCCUACGUGAGCUUCGAGCCAAGAAGAUUGUCCGUGGUAUCACACUUGACCGAAGGACCAGGCUGAGGAUUCAGCACCGGUGGCCUUGCCUGUACCACGUCCUCCGGGAGGGGACGCCAAAGCUUCAGACCCUAAACAAUGAGAGGCUCCUUCCCACAUGGAGAGAGGAGAGCUAUGGGGAGCUCUCUGCUAUUCUGGAACAGUCCUGUUACUGUGUUCAGCAUCUAGACAGCUGGCUUUGGUAGUCAACUGAAUAACAGUAAAUGAAAUACAUCCCACAGCUUGUCAUCAGUUGGUAGAUUCCAGAAGAAAGCAGUAUAUUGCCUUUACACACACACCAUUUUUGACCCGAUUGGAAUGAACUGAAUAUGCACUAAUAGGAACACAUUGUUGCACAUGGUUGCAGUUAAAUCUGAGAAUUGAAGUCAUAUCAAAUGACUGCAGGUUUUUUCAAAAACAGUAAUCUGCUGUUAAUUUGGAAGUACUUUCCCAAAUGUUGACAAGAAAAUUAUAAACUGUGUCUAAUA